CAAGGGCGUUUGGAUGGAGCGAUCUGCGAGUACACGAAGGAGGAGAAGAUGGCCUUUCUGCAGAAGGCCUACGACCUCGGCGUGAGGAACCUGGAGAUGGAAUCCCUCGGAUUUGCUGCGUUUUGCCAAAAAUUGAAGAUCAAAGGUGAGUCCAUGUCGGUGCAUUCGACCUUCACUCUUAUUCCUUCCGUCAUUUGUGUGACCAUGGUGAACCGUCUCAUCACGGACCAAAUCACGACGCCCGUCUCGGUGAUGCACGAGUGGCAGGAACGACCACUCGAAAUUCUCAUCGCAUACAUCAAGAAGCACAUCUAA